AUGGGAGGAUCCCGUCCCCCAAGGAUCUUGAUUGGUCAGUUUGAAUUGCCCUCCCUGGGAACCCCGGAAGGACUUUUGUGUUUCUGCUGGUGGGCAAAGAAUCGGAGCCCAAACUCUGCCAAGCCCUGGAGGCCCAAGGGGACGCCCAGGUGUAAGACGCGCAGAUUUGAGAGGGCAGAGCUAGGAGAGAAAAAGAUGAAGGAGAGAAAACCUGCAGGCCCAGAACUAGAAGAAGGACCAGGCAGAGCCGGAAAAGCCUCCAGGGGAGUUCAGCCAGAAUACGCGACAGAGCGACCAGGAUGGGACACAUCGCAAGAGGGCAAUGCGGAACCAUCCAGGGGGGUGCAAGAGCGCUGGGAAGCCCAAUGGCAGGAGUUCCUGAAGACACUGCAGCCCCUUCACACAAAGUGGGGAAGCCCAGGGAUGUCAGAGGGUGCGGCAUGGGAUGACACCAAGGCCUUUCUGGCCUCCUUUGAGCAAGUGGCCAAGGCCUGCCGGUGGCCCAGGGGAGAGUGGGCAGCCCGGCUCCUGCCAGCCCUGAGUGGGGAAGCAGAAGAGGCCUUUCAGAGCCUGGAAGCCAGAGAUCAGGAGGACUAUGGGAAAGUGAAGGCGGCCAUCUUGCGAGGGGAAGCCCUGAGGAUGGAGGCGCAGCGCCAGCACUUCAGGCAAUUCUGCUGCCAGGAGGUCAGAGACCCCCGAAGGAUUCACAGCCAAGUCCAGGAGCUUUGCCGGCAGUGGCUGAAGCCGGAGAGACACAGCAAGGAGCAGAUCCUGGAGCUGCUGAUCCUGGAGCAGUUCCUGGCCAGCCUGCCAGUGGACCUCCAGGGCUGGAUCCGGGCAGGAGGGCCGGACACCUGCUCCCAGGCCGUGGCCCUGGCCGAGGACUUCCUCAUGAGCCAGCAGAUAGCUGUGACAGCGGCCUGGCAGGAAGAGAUGGAUGUCCGUGGAAGUCGCCUGUGUUUGCAGAUCGUCAGCCGGAGUUUGCCCCGGCCAGCCCAACAGACCACAGUCUGGCAAGUCCUGCAGGAGGACGGGGGGAAUGUAGAGCCUUUAGGCGACAGGAAGGGGAGCAAGGUCAAGAUGGAGGAUUGUCAGUAUGGAGGAAGGGAGCCACAGGCUGUGUCCGGGAAAGCAUCACAGAUGGGCCAAGCGAAUGUGAUGGAGACAGCUGAGAUGCACAAAGAAGGAUGCAAGUCCAGUAAGGGACAGGAGACGGAGGCAGAGGGAAGAGAGAAUGAAUGUCAUAAAGUCACAGAAGUUCUUACAGCUGAUGUUAGCCCCCCUUCCAAAGGACGCACAAGGGACAACAUGCCCAUGUUUUCCAAGUACGGUAGAAGAUAUCGCUACAAGUUACAACCUGAUAUGAUAGAUGCCAGGGAGGAUCAGGACGAAUGCCCCAUGACAGAUGAAAAUCUCCACCAAAAUCCACGCUUUGAUCAGUAUCAACAAACUAUUAAAGGUGGGAGUAAGUCUGAAUUUUCUGAGAAUAGCAAAGAGGGUAAUUCGAAUGGACUUCAGAUUAACCACCCAGAAGACAAAUCUCAAACCUCUACUGAGUGUGUACAGAGCUUUAUUUAUUCAAAGUCUCUAAAGCAUAAUCAAGAAAUUCAAAGUGUGGGGAGACAAUAUGAAUGUUCUCAUUGUCGGAAAUGCUUCCACCAGAGAGAAGAAUUGAUGAAUCAUGAGCAACUUCAUAAUGGAGAGAAGAGGCAUGAAGAUCCUGAGUCUGAGGAAAUCUUCACUAGACAUGAGAAAAUUGAUACUAGGUUGAAACCACACAAAUGUCCUCAGUGUGGGAAAUGCUUCAGAGUGAAAAGCACGUUGAAGAUCCAUCAGAGAACUCAUACUGGAGAGAAACCGUACAAAUGCCCAGAGUGCAGUGGAAGCCAAUUCCCAAGCUUUUCAAAUUCUUCACUUCUUCCUGAAGAACAAGAAAUGGACGAAACUGGUGUGAAAGCGGAAGAGAUGGAUGUCCGUGGAAGUCGCCUGUGUUUGCAGAUUGUCAGCCCAGGUUUGCCCCAGCCAGCCCAACAGACCACAGUCUGGCAAGUCCUGCAGGAGGACGGGGGGAACGUGGAGCCUUUAGGCGACAUGAAGGGAAGCAAGGUCAAGAUGGAGGAUUGUCAGUAUGGAAGAAAGGAGCCACAGGCUGUGUCCAGGAAAGCAUCACAGAUGGGCCAAGCGAAUGUGAUGGACACAGCUGAGAUGCACAAAGAAAGAUGCAAGUCUAAAAAGGGUCAAGAGACGGAGCCAGAGAGAAGAGAGAAUGAAUGUCAUGAGGUCACGGAAGAUCUUACAGCAGUGAUUAGCCCCCCUUCCAAAGGACGCACAAGGGACAACAUGCUCAUGUUUUCCAAGUACGGUAGAAGAUAUCGCUACAAGAUAGAACCUGAUAUGAUAGAUGCCAGGGAGGAUCAGGACAAAUGCCCCAUGACAGAUGAAAAUCUCCAGCGAAAUCCAAGCUUUGAUCAGUAUCAACGAACAAUUAAAGGUGGGUGUAAGUCUGAAUUUUCUGAGAAUAGCAAAGAGGGUAAUUUGAAUAGACUUCAGAUUAACCAUCCGGAAGACAAAUCUCAAACCUCUACUGAGUGUGUAAAGAGCUUUAUUUAUUCAAAGACUCUAAAGCGUAAUGAAGAAAUUCAAAGUGGGGGGAGACCAUAUGAAUGUUCUCAUUGUCGGAAAUGCUUCCACCAGAGAGAAGAAUUGAUGACUCAUGAGCAACUUCAUACUGCAGAGACGGGGCGUGAAGAUCCUGAGUCUGAGGAAAUCUUUACUAGACAGGAGAAAAAUGAUACUAGAUUGAAACCAUACAAAUGUUCUCAGUGUGAGAGAUGCUUCACUAAGAGAGACCAUUUGAGAAGACACCAGAGAAUUCAUUCUGGAGAGAAACCAUACAAAUGUCCUCAUUGUGCGAGGUGCUUCAGCGAGGGAAGCACGUUAAAGAGGCAUUGUAGAACUCAUACUGGAGAGAAACCGUACAAAUGCCCUGAGUGUGAGAAAAGCUUUGCUUGGCUAAGCAUUUUGAAGAUCCAUCAAAGAACUCAUACUGGAGAGAAACCAUACAAAUGUUCUCAGUGUGGGAAGUGCUUCAGCGAGAAAGCCAAGUUGAAGAAACAUCAGAGAACUCAUACUGGAGAGAAACCAUACAAAUGUUCACAGUGCGGGAAGUGCUUCAGCGAGAAAGACAAGUUGAACAGACAUCAGAGAAUUCAUCUUGAGAGACACCAUACCAAUGUUCUGUGUGGGAAAUACUUGAGCUGUGGAAUUGACUGA